CUCUACUUUAGUCAAUCCUUUUUGCUUUUGGCUUGUGUAUUGACAUUCCCCAAGUGGGGUUAUAAAAUAUAUACGAUUGAGAUUGAUUCGGGGAAUGUUCUUGAGAAGAUUGUUUAUGCUUUUGGAUAAAUAUUGCUGAUACGAGUAAAGAGAGAAAAUAUCGAAAUGGCUUUAAGAACGUAUGGAGAUAAGCCCAUAAGUUUCCAAGUUGAGGAAAAUGGGGAGUACUACUGCAUCGGUUCAGAGGUGGGUAAUUACCUCCGCCUCUUUCGAGGAUCUCUGUACAAACGAUACCCUGGAAUGUACCGGAGAUCAAUUACAAACGACGAGAGGAAAAAAUUGGUGGAGCUGGGGCUCAGUCAACACGUUUUGGCCUCGAGUGUUUCCCUCCUGAGAGCCAGUGAAGUCGAGGAUAUAAUCGAGGGAAAUGAUGAUAAAUACAAGGCUGUGUCUGUUCAUUCGACAGAACCACCAGCUCCUCGGGAGGGAAAACCCAAGAAAGCAAUGCCCUGGGUCCCCAGUUUACCCAACAGCUCGCACUUGGAUGCGGUGCCACAGGCGACACCAAUUAAUCGGAACAGAGUUCACAAUAAAAAAGUCAGGACGUUCCCCUUAUGCUUCGACGACACAGAUCCCUCCGCAAACCUGGAGAAUGCAGCCCAACAAGAGAUGCUGGUACCAAUUCGCCUGGACAUGGAAAUUGAGGGCCAGAAAUUGCGUGACACCUUCACAUGGAACAAGAACGAGAGUCUGAUAACUCCUGAGCAAUUUGCAGAAGUUCUCUGCGACGACCUGGACCUCAACCCCUUGACAUUUGUCCCAGCAAUAGCCCAGGCCAUCAGACAGCAGAUCGAGGCCUUCCCCCAGGAGACAAUUCUGGAGGAUCAGUGCGACCAACGAGUCAUCAUCAAGCUAAAUAUUCACGUGGGUAAUACGUCAUUGGUCGACCAAGUGGAAUGGGAUAUGUCAGAGAAGGAUAAUAACCCUGAGAAAUUCGCAAUGAAACUCUGCGCGGAAUUGGGACUUGGAGGGGAAUUCGUUACUGCAAUUGCCUAUAGUGUCAGGGGUCAGUUGUCCUGGCACCAGAGGACUUACGCCUUCUCCGAGGCUCCACUGCCCACCGUUGAGGUGCCCUUCAGACCUCCCUCCGAGGCUGACCAGUGGGCACCAUUCCUCGAGACACUCACUGAUGCAGAAAUGGAGAAAAAGAUCAGGGACCAGGAUAGAAAUACUCGGCGUAUGAGAAGACUCGCUAAUACGACCCCCGGGUGGUAAAUCCGGGAAAUCAUCCGAGGAGACUGUGGGGAGAUCGUUUUGGAAGCCACGUUUUAGUUUAAGAUUAAAUAGUUUUGAAAAUUCAAGGUUUCUGUGGAAUUUAACAUUUUUCCAAUUCAAUUUUGUGCACUUUUGGUUAAUAAAUCUUUCUAAAAGGA